UUGCUCGAAAUAAAUCAAUCGGCUAAGUGCACACGAGGGGCACCAAAUCUCAGUAGAGCGUCGGCAGUCUACGGGUCUGGUCGCCAAUCGUCGUUUCGCUGGGCUUCCGUCACAAAUACGAUCCUCGAGUCAAACUAACAAAGUAGGAAAGGAACAUCUGCUCUACAAUGCCUGAAUAUACCCUCAUGUACUUCAAUGCCCAAGGGCGCGGAGAGCUGAUAAGGUGGCUCUUUGCCCACGCUGGCAUUGAAUACAACGAUGAUCGCAUUGAGAUGGAGGACUGGCCUGAGAGGAAACCAGAUGUUCCAGGGGGAAAGCUUCCAGUCCUGAUGAUUGACGGGAAGCCCCUGGUGCAGUCGGUGGCCAUUGCUCGCUAUGUAGCCAAGGAAGCAGGUCUCGUCCCCGAGGACAACUUGGACGCAGCCUAUUGCGAUGCCCUGGUGGACACUUGCUCAGAGAUGAUGCAUCAGUAUAUGACUCUUAUGUUCAGAGUAGAAGACGAUGAUGAAAAGCAGAGGUUGUUUGAGGAGGAAUUCUUCCCCAACCAUAUGGAACCUUUCAUGAAGAGGCUCAACCACCGCUUGGAGGAAAAGGAGUGGUUCAUCACAGACGACAUGACGUGGGCCGACCUCGCAAUAGGCCGAAGCCUCAGUCAGAUUCUGGCCCAGUUUCCCGAUUCCUUGGAGCAUUUCCCGAACGUGGCCGGCCUAGUGGAAAAGGUGUGCGAACUUCCCGCCAUCAAGGAGUGGAUCGACAACAGACCUGAGACUUCCUUCUAAAGGAGGAGCCUCCUGGUUGUAGAUCUCCUUUAGUGUAAGAUACUGUGCCCUUUGAGACCGAACGCUGAUAGUAUAUUAGGGGCAGGUUGUUCUCUUGCUCAGUCGAGAUUUGGCGCACAGUGAAAGUGUCAUCUUUUAAAAACGCAGCUUAACCGUCUUUUUUGUCCAACUUCAAAUCACUUUCCCUCUCCCUCCUCAGCUCCACUGGGCCCCCUUCUCUCUCUCUCUCUCUCUCUCUCUCUCUCUCUCUCUCUCUCUCUCUCUGAUUCCAUAAAACAUCACUGUGCUAAAGUCUUACUUAAUGUAUGUUUACAUAUCCUAUAUUCUGUGACGGGAGCGUAAAAUUUUCGGCAAAUGUUUUAACUAUAUCUAAUGCACAAUAGUCAUUUGUACAACCUUUGAGGAAAUGCUCACUUGUUUCUUCUGUUUGUUGUCUCGUGUCGCUGUUAUUAUAGUAAAGAACUUGUAAACACAGACGCGCACCAAGUUGAAUUAUCUAAAAAACGUAAAGAAUCCUUUCGAAGUGUGUAGGCUGAGAAAAUGAUGACGUCAUGAGCUAUCACCCUCUAACACUUCGGAGUAAACGAACAGAGAAAUGUAAUAUGUAAAAUAGUAUCUACGGAGCGUGAAACAUAUGAAAAGCGUUCAAUACAUUCUGUCGUCUUGUCAUCAGAGGGUGUUUUCUCACUCAAUAAAGUGGUGAACAACCAGA